GGGUGAAACGCGGCUGGGAGGACAGAAGUACGUACACAUAGCCAACGUGAAAGAUGGCCAAUUUAAUGGAGGAGUUGCGUAUUUGCAUGGAGGCCACCGACUACGCAGGACUUGCCGGCUGCACGAUGCUCGCCUUUGUUCUAUACUUAAACACAUUAAACGCCGGAUUUGUCUACGAUGACAGGCGCGCCAUCUUGGGCAAUGCGGAUGUAACUGGAGCCGGGCCGCUGGCUCAGCUGCUGCAAAAUGAUUACUGGGGCACACCGCUGACGGACAGCGGCUCCCAUGGCUCCUGGCGUCCGUUGUGCGUGCUGAGCUUUCGUCUCAAUUUCCUGCUGGGCAGCGGUGCAGCUUUUCCCUUCCAUCUGAUCAACCUGCUGCUGCACGGCCUGGCCACCGCUCUAGUCGUGCUCGUGGCACGCACCCUAUUGCCCACACGUGCCGGCGUUUGGGCCGCCAGCGCUCUCUUUGCGGCACAUCCCAUUCACACGGAGGCCGUUGCUGGCGUUGUGGGUCGCGCGGAUUUGAGCGCCUGCGUUUGCAGCCUGUUCGCCUACUUGACCUAUCGCCGCCACAUGCUGCUCAGGGAUUGGCGCUCACUGGCAGUAACACUGCUUGCGGCUUUGGCCGCGCUGUUAUGCAAGGAGACGGCCAUUACAACGCUGCUGCUAUGCGGACUGUGCGACGUGCUGUGCGGACUGGGACUGAAACAUGCCGGAGAUGACAAGCAUCGUCUGCGUUCUCUGUCCAUUUUAAGCAUUGCUCUGCUCUGUGCCGUGUAUUGUCGCCUAAGCAUUGUGCCACGCCCCACUGUUGCCUUCUCAGCCGCUGACAAUCCGACCGCCCACGAGUCCUGCUGGUGGACACGCACACUUUCCUAUCUGUACCUGCCCGUGGUGAACCUUAAGCUGCUGCUCUGGCCACAAUACCUGAGCUUCGACUGGGGCAUGGACGCCAUACCGCGCAUCAGGACGCUGUGGGAUGCGCGCAACAUUGUCAGCGCUUGCUUUUAUGUCACCUUGCUGGCCGUGAGCUGCAAGUGCCUACGAUUGCGCUGCGGUGCCAGCAGCUCCUCCACGGCCUAUACAGCUGUGGCAAGCAUUUCGCUGCCGCUGCUCCAGCGCUUGGGCGGCAAUAGCUGCCAGGCGUGGCAUGGACUCGUUUGCGGCUGCCAUCAUCAGCUGAAGCAGCAGCGAUCGCCGCAGCAGCCAAGUGCCUCAGUUAUGGGCACAAGCUCAUCUGCCUGCUGCCUCUUCCCAGGCAGCGCAACAUCCGCAUCGAAGUCUGUAAUUGUCAUUUGCAUUGGCUUCUUGGUGCUGCCGUUUCUGCCCGCCUGCAAUUUGUUCUUCCACGUGGGCUUUGUGCUCGCCGAGCGUCUGCUGUACCUGCCCAGCGUGGGCUACUGCCUGCUACUUGGCCUUGGCUUUAGCAAGCUUUGGCAGCGUUUAAACGGCGCUGCCCACAGACUGUUGCUGAUAAUCUGCCUUAGUAUACUGCUGGUCAGCUUUGGCCUGCGCACGUUGCAACGCAACCGCGAUUGGCACAAUGAGGAGCAGCUUUUCCGCAGCGCUGUGACUAUCAAUCCACCCAAAGCGCUUGGAAAUCUGGGCAGCGUCUUUAGCAGCCAGGGACGCUACGAGGAGGCCAAGGUGGCACUACAGUCGGCCAUUGCAUACCGGCCAAAUAUGGCAGAUGCGCACUUUAAUCUGGGAAUCGUGCAUCAGCAGCAGCAAAACUACAGCGCCGCUCUGCCCUGCUACCGCCGGGCCAUAGAGCUGCGCCCACAGUUGGCGCUGGCAUAUCUGAAUAUGGCCACGUCGCUGUUGGCUUGGGACAAGGAACGACACGAGGAGGCUGGCGCCAUGCUGCUGGCAGGCGCCAGGCUGCCAGGGCAUGGGGUGCGCGAUCGCAACACCCACGAGGAAGCGCGAUACAGCGCCUACCUUCAGUUAAGUGCGCUGCAUCGCUCGCGGGGCAGACACCAACAAGCUGUGGAGGUGCUUAACGAGGCGCUGGCAACCUUGUCCAUGGACAGGCGGAAACAACGCGCGGUGCUGCAUCAACGCCUGGCGGCAGUGCAUGUCGAGCUGGAGCAGUGGCAGGAGGCUGAGCAGCAACAACGAUUGGCGCUCCAACUGCAGCCCGAAGAGGGUGUUGCAUAUGUGUCUUACGGCCAGGCGCUGGCCAGAAAUUGCAGUCGUUCUGCGGAAGCGGAACUGUGGUUCAAACGCGCUGUGGAACUGUCACCCUUGGAGCCCAGCACGCAUCACCAUUACGCUGACUUCCUGGAGCAACAGCAGCGCCCGCAAGAGGCGCUUGGGUAUCGACUGCGUGCCGCUGCACUGGCGCCUCACAAUUAUGCCCUGCAGUCAGCCGUCGCUGAUGCACUGCGUCUGCUCAAUCGCCUCGCAGAGGCGGAGUUGUGGUACCGUCAGGCAGCUGCACUGCAUCCGCAGGCGGCGCACGCACACGCCAAUCUGGGCGCCAUCCUGCAAAUGCGCGGCCAACGGCAGCAGGCGGUGGAGUGUUACCGCAGGGCGCUGCAACUGCAGCCGGGACAUGCCACAAGUCGCGCUAAUCUGGCCAAAAUGAAUGUCAACAUCGAUGCAAGCACGUAGCAGCGGCUCAAGUCGAGGCUCUAUAGGUACUAGUUAUAAUCGGUAAUAGUUCAGAUUUCCCAAUCAAUGAGAAAGGACAAAAACUAAAAGUGAAACAUGCAAAAAUAAGAACAUGCGAUAGAUAGACUAUAUAUAAUUUAUUAUAUAUAUUUAACUGAACAUGAAUGUUAUCCAUUGUAAGCUACGAUUAAAUAUAAACGUAGAAUAUAUUUUCCAAAA